CACCUGACAACGGUAAGCUGAAAAACUACCCAUCAGAAGAAUGAAGUAUUUAGAAUGAUUUUUGAAUGAAAAUGGCAGCAAAUAUUAUUUUAUCUAAAGUAUAUAUUGGAAAAGAAACUGAAAAUAGGCUUGUCUCAUCUGCUGGUCAAGGCGAUAUCUCUUCAGUUCUUAAAUUGUUGAGGAAGCGGGUGAAUCCAAACCUUCGCGAUGAAGUGGGCGUGACCGCCCUUGCAAGGGCAGCGGCAGGUCAUCAUACUGAAACUGUGAAAUAUUUGAUUCUAGCAGGCGCCAAAUUAGAUUGUGAAACAUCGUCAGGUGUUCGUCCUAUCAACUUUACACGUGUCAAGUCAGAAACUUGGCAGGUACUUCUAGCUGCUAGUCAUGGUGAAAUACCAGAAAUUGAAGAAAUCAACGAAGUUCCAGACGUACCAGAUUUUGCUAUCGAAGGUGGUGCUGCUAAAUCGAAAACUAAAAGCGGCAAAAAGAAAAAGGGAAAGAAAGGAAAGAAGGGUGGCAAAAAAGGAAAGAAAAAGGGGAAAAAGAAAUAAUUGUUCACUUUUUUGUGUUAAAAAUCUAUUUAAAACUUUGUAAAAACUAAAUAAAUAUUACCGUCUUC